CCAUCCCAAGUUAUUAAUUUAGGCAGAGUUUGUGUGAUACCUACCAAGCUUGUCAGCUGGCCUUUUACAGAAAGCCGGGUUUUCCAGAAGCCUGAGGGCUCACGAGGGAUAUCAUGCCGAUCUACGGAUUAUCUUUCACAGAUGAGCAGUUAUUCAACCUAAUAAAUAUUGCUCUUCCAGGAUGGGUACUUCUGGCUGUGGCGCCUCGCUGGCGCCUUACGCAGCUAAUUAGCGCAGUCGCUGCGGUCCUUGUGUCGGGACUGUACACGGCGCUCCUUCUUACCUUCAUGAUUGCUCCAAAUAGCGUUGAGAAGCUGGACUUCAGCGACAUGAUGACGUAUGAGGGUGUCGUGCGAACCCUCUCUAAGCGGACCGCGGUGUUGCCCUGCUGGGUGCACUACGUCGCCUUCGACCUGUGGGUGGGUCGCUGGAUGGCAGCUGACUCCCUGAAGCGGCGCGUACCUCAGCUGCUACUCAUCCCCUGCCUCUUCGCCACCUUGUUCGCCGGUCCAGCGGGGUUGCUGUUGUACCAUCUGGUACGACUGCCCUUCGCGGGGCCAAUGAAGGCCAGGUCGUCUACCAAGAGCAAGAGCGCGUGAGGUUUGGAGGAGGAGGCUGAGGAGGAGGCUGUGAAGGGACGCGGCUCACAGACCCAGACCAACCGCUAAUUGAUUGAACGGAUGACGGAGGGAGGGUUGCUCCCUCCUAGGGAUACGGAAGACAGAGACCGGAAGCGCUCUGUCAUAGUCGUACCCUUAGUAACACAGUUGAGUAGUUUUGCUCACGGUUACAAUAUUCUACGGUCGGAUUUAAAGGACAGACUGUGGGCAGCAGACCCUGCCUUUGGGGCGUACGCGUGUAUGGGGGAGGCCCAUUGGGGAGGCCCAUUGGCGUGGGUGAAGUUUAGUAUUGAAUUUGCGCAAAUCUGGUGACUGAGCGGCAAUUGGUUGAGUCGUGACAGGGACUGCCUUGCGGUUCCCAGAGUUGCGAGUGUACGGGAACUGCGGGUUGUUGGCAGUUGGCGAUUUGCACAAACGUCGGAAUCGCUUGGACAGGAGAUGGGAGGCCACAGCGGAGGCCACGGUUCCCCCUUUUGGCGAAAUUGAAAUCUUUAGGGAUCUUAUGCUGGCGGCGUAUGGUCAGACUUCAGACUGCAACGGCGCAGUAUUACGUUAACCAGCUUAUGGACUCCAAACGGCUGGCGAUACCUUCAAGUUCUCCGUGCUCUUCAGCAGCGGGAUAUAGUUCAAUUGCAUAAAAUCAAUUGGAUUU